GUCUUGAUUCUCCAGAGGGAUGCUGGGAAGGGGCUGGAAUGUGGGUGAGGAUGGCUUCCAGCUACACAGUUGUGCUCAGUAGGAGGAACCGAAUUCCCUGUCCGGGUGUUCAAGUUGGAGUUGCCUUUGUGCCGUCGCAGCUGGGUGAGGGAGCGCCCUUCCGUGGCUCUGCCACGCACCUGAUUUGCCAUGCAGGAGGAAGAGCAGUAUUUGAAAAUUCUCACGCUUCUUCCCUUCUCCACCGUGUGGUUGCUGUAGGCCCAGGUAGCUGCUGUUGCCUCUGGUGUGACUGCCCUCCCACCAGGGUCAGACCCUCGCUUUAUGACUCUAGCAGUAGAAAUGGCUUUGACUGUGACUUCUAAAAAGUACAUCAUCUUGUUCCAUCUGAUGGAACUCUCAGGGGGAAGGAGCUGAGGCCUGGAAAGUGAGGGCAUGAGGCUGACACUGGGUUCUGUUGGUAAAAGCCCAAGGAUGAAAUAUUCUGAGAGUCCCCUGUGUGCCAAGGCCUUGCUAGACACCCCGGGACUGAGAGUUAGUCCCACGCCCUCUACGACCGCCUGUCGAGAAGGGGAGGGGCGGAUGCUGUCCUUUCAGGAGGCGGCCACACUCCAUUUCCCCAAGGACAAAAGUGCUCAGCUUUGGGCAGGACCCCCAGCCCCCCAGUUCUUUUGCAUCUCUCUGUUGGGGAUGACGCGUGGGAGAGAGUUGGGGCAGUGGGAAGAAAACCUCUCUGCUGCAGUUGGUGUGCUGUUCUUCUCCAGUGGAAGACAGGCAGGCAGCCGGUGUCUCUGGAGGGAGAGACGUCUGCCAGGACAGGGAGCGUCAGCGAUGUGUUUGACUCAGUGCAAGGCCGACGCGUGUUUCCUGCUUCGCAUGGAAGCUGGGCCACGUGACCAGAUUCACGAGUCUUGACUUCUGCGAUCCUUGUGUAUCUAGCCAGCUAGAGAUUUCAGAAGCUGUUUUUAUUCACGCCUGCAAAGACAGAUUGUCUGUUUUGUGUGACUGUUUGCAUUCCCAUUGUCGUUAAUGACACUCCCCUCACACCACCCUUCCAUAUAUUUCUUCCAGUUUUCCAUCAUUCAGCAAAUUUUCCUGACUGACGCCCAUGCCAGGCACUGAGCGGCAGCAGACAGGAGCCCCGCCUGCGUGGAGGAGACAAACAUGGCAGGACAGUGUGACCGUCUGGAGAGCAUGGGGGCCGGGGGGCCUGGCUCAGCGGGGAGGAGGCCCCUUGGAGGCUGAGCUCUGGGAGUGCUGCUCAGCCUGGGUGGCACCCCAGCGGGGUUACGAGGGUGCAUAGAAGCCAGCAGGAAGGGCAGUGUCCCGAGGAGGGAACAGCGUGUGCAGAAGCCACGAGACCAGUGGAAGGGAGGACAGAGCAUUGGGGAGCUGCCAGGACGCCUGUCACCUGGAGCGUGAGUGUCGGCAGUUGGUGUCGGUUUUGUUUCUCACAGAGACUCUCGGGUACCGGUUUGAAAGAGCGUUCGCAGCUCUGCUGUUUUGUCUGUUGACCUUAAUACCCGUCGACUCUGUGAGAUUCAGGCGAACUCCUCCUCCGUGAGUGCCAGUUCCCUCCCACCGACAGUGUACAAGAACAUGUGAGAGAAACUGAGCAAACAUCUGUGUAGAUCACUUGGAGCAAAGCACUGCGUCCUUCCGCUUUCCAGCGGUCCGCGCCCCCCCCAUAUAAACCUGUCGCCUCAGAUGAUUUGGGGGUGUGCAGAGCCCUCGCGUGCGUGGUCUGAAACCGCACGCCCUUUCUGUGCCCUUCCCGCUGCUCCUCAGACCGCGUUUCAGCUGGGGGCACCAGGGAGAUCGGCUCCGCCCUCACCAGGAUGUGCAUGCGCCACAGAAGCAUCGAAGCCAAGCUGAGGCAGUUUUCCAGCGCUUUGAUUGACUGCCUGAUAAACCCACUUCAAGAACAGAUGGAAGAAUGGAAGAAGGUGGCCAAUCAAUUGGAUAAAGACCACGCAAAAGAGUAUAAAAAAGCUCGUCAGGAGAUCAAAAAGAAGUCCUCGGAUACGCUGAAACUGCAGAAGAAAGCAAAAAAAGUGGAAGCUCUCGGGAGAGGUGACAUCCAGCCUCAGUUGGACAGCGCUCUCCAAGAUGUCAAUGAUAAAUAUCUCUUGUUGGAAGAAACAGAAAAGCAGGCAGUCCGGAAGGCUUUGAUUGAAGAACGCGGCCGGUUCUGCACCUUCAUCUCUAUGCUGCGCCCCGUGAUCGAAGAGGAAAUCUCAAUGCUGGGGGAAAUAACUCACCUUCAGACCAUCUCGGAAGACCUGAAAAGCCUGACCAUGGACCCUCACAAACUGCCCUCUUCAAGUGAACAGGUGAUUUUGGACUUGAAAGGCUCUGAUUACAGUUGGUCGUACCAGACGCCACCUUCUUCCCCCAGCACCACCAUGUCCCGCAAGUCAAGUGUCUGCAGCAGCCUGAACAGCGUGAACAGCAGCGACUCGCGGUCCAGCGGCUCCCACUCCCACUCCCCCAGCUCGCACUACCGCUGCCGCAGCUCCAACCUGGCCCAGCAGGCGCCCGUGCGGCUGUCCAGCGUGUCCUCCCACGACUCCGGCUUCAUAUCCCAGGACGCCUUCCAGUCCAAGUCGCCGUCCCCCAUGCCACCAGAGGCCCCCAACCAGUUGUCUAAUGGGUUUUCUCACUAUAGUUUAUCAAGUGAGUCCCAUGUGGGGCCCGUGGGGGCAAGUCUUUUCCCUCAUUGCCCGCCUGCCUCCCGCCUGCUCCCUCGGGUCACCUCUGUCCACCUUCCAGACUACGCUCAUUAUUACACCAUUGGGCCCGGCAUGUUCCCGUCAUCUCAGAUCCCUAGCUGGAAGGACUGGGCCAAGCCGGGACCUUAUGAUCAGCCUCUGGUGAACACCCUACAGCGCCGCAAAGAGAAGCGGGAGCCAGACCCCAGCGGAGGAGGACCCGCCGCAGCAGGCGGCCCACCUGCAGCUGCCGAGGAGGCUCAGAGACCACGGAGCAUGACGGUGUCAGCUGCUGCCAGGCCUGGGGAAGAGAUGGAGGCUUGUGAGGAGCUGGCCCUGGCCCUGUCUCGGGGCCUCCAGCUGGACACCCAGAGGAGCAGCCGGGACUCGCUGCAGUGCUCCAGCGGCUACAGCACCCAGACGACCACCCCCUGCUGCUCAGAGGACACCAUUCCCUCCCAAGUUUCAGAUUACGAUUAUUUCUCUGUAAGUGGUGACCAGGAGGCAGACCAGCAGGAGUUUGACAAAUCCUCCACCAUUCCAAGAAACAGUGACAUCAGCCAGUCCUACCGACGGAUGUUCCAAGCCAAGCGCCCGGCCUCCACUGCUGGCCUCCCCACCACCCUCGGACCUGCUAUGGUCACCCCAGGGGUUGCAACCAUCCGACGGACCCCUUCCACCAAGCCUUCUGUCCGCCGGGGGACCAUUGGAGCCGGUCCCAUUCCCAUCAAGACGCCCGUGAUCCCUGUGAAGACCCCAACCGUACCAGACCUCCCUGGGGUGUUGCCAGCCCCCCUGGAUGGGCCAGAGGAGCGGGGUGAGCACAGUCCCGAGUCACCGUCUGUGGCUGAGGGCCCCCAGGGUGUCACCAGCAUCCCCUCCUCACUGUGGAGUGGCCAAGCCUCCGUCAACCCUCCUCUUCCAGGCCCGAAGCCAAGCAUCCUGGAGGAGCACAGACAGGCGAUUCCGGAAAGCGAGGCUGAAGACCAGGAAAGGGAUCCUGCCAGUGCCACCGCCUCCCCGGGCCGGGCUCCAGAGAGCGACCCCGCAGACCUGAGCCCGAGAGACACCCCGCAAGGAGAAGACAUGCUGAACGCCAUCCGAAGGGGCGUGAAGCUGAAGAAGACCAUGACGAACGACCGUUCAGCCCCUCGCUUCUCUUAGGUGCAUUGGAAAUGCUGCCAGUGGGGAAUGAACUGUUGAGUUAAUAAAACCUAAUUUGUCUUGAUCCAUUCCAACCUAUAAUCAAACAGAUUUUGUAGGCAACUCAGAAUACAGCUCUUUUGAACGUACUUGACACCUUUAGAUAAGAAUUAAAAGCAACAUUUAACUGACACGACCUUGAUCUUUUAAUUUGUAAAUAUUGACAAUUUUCUUUCUGCACAUUUUAAUCUCAGCUUCCCUUUUGAUUUUUCUGAAGGUGCCAAAUUCCAUUUAACUUUUUUACAAGUCUUUGUAAAAUUUUAAAUGCAUAACGGGGGGGAGGGGCAGGGCAGGGGAAUCAUGAAGUAGUUAACUUCAGAAAAAAGGGGUAGCUUUUUCUUUUCUUUUUCCCCUGCAAGCUUUUGUAGAUGCACUGUAGUUAGUAGUCUGGCCUAGAAGCAAAUUCAAGUUAUUUUAAUGUACAAACAAAAUGGUAAGGGGUAAAUUCUUCAUUUAAAUAUACUCUGUUCUGAAGGAGCGAAGCAGUAGUAAGAGUUGAUGAGCAAUAUGCAGAGGGGAGUGAAUCUGGAGACGGUGGACUGUUGGGAUUGGGGGGAGGGCCAGGGAGGGGCACACUUUCAACAUAGCCGAUCCUGUCACAUUUAAGAGUAGCCUCGUAGGUUGAAUUUCUAGUAGCUUCAUGGUUAAUGCAUCCCAAUAAGCCAUACUGGACUGCAGUGUUUGUUUCCGUAGGGUGUUGAAGGAAGUCCUUUCUCCCACGAUUCCUCUCGGCUGCACACAGCGCCCACCCCCAGUCCCCUGCAUGCUGCUGCCACCAGGUAGACAUAGAACCCCCCCCCCUUAGUUACUCGUCUGUUACACCUGUUUUCAUUGAAUCCAGUACAUCCAAGAGGGUAAGGCAGUUUCAAAAAUGUGAAAACACUUACACACGAUAGCAGGGAAUUCUUAGAUAAUAGCAAAUGCCUUUUACUUAACUGUGCCCAGCAGGCUGGGCACAUUGGAAAGCCCAAAUAUUUUGAAAAAACUUGAGUGGAUUUAACAAGAGUAACCAGCUUAGAGUCCAGCAACUUGCCGAUGUGUUUACCAACGGGGGCUUGUUUUUCUUGAUUGGCUUCAUACUAAACAAUGAAGAGAGGAGGAUUUAUUUAUUGUCACUCAGAAUCUGACCACUAGAUUGUCCCUUUUUUUUUUUGUAUUCUAGGUAAUGUAUUUUGGAAUGGAUUUAUGUCUUCUUCUUUAAGUGAAAGUUAAAUUUGUUAUAAUGCUUGUCCCCUAAAGCCAACAGGGAUUUGUAGAUUCAGAGGGAUCGUGUUUGGAGAAUACAAACAUGAAAAAGGAAGCGAACGCCUUAGCAGUUGGGUCAGUUGCAAGUGCUCCCUUUUGACGGAAGCUGUCAGGAGGUAGGAGCCAGGUGGGUCCCACAGACCCUGCAGAUUUCUGUUGGUUUGUAUCUUCAAUGACAUAAUCUUAUGCUUUAAUACAUAACUGCAUUGGAUGUGAGAGUAACAUACCUGUAUAGUCACUGUUCUAUAUAUUAACAUGUAACACUGCUGUGAUUGCUCAAGGACAUUUUAUGUUAUGGCUUUAAAGCAAAGGCAUGAUUAUUAGAAACUAUUUAAGCUUUUUUUCCCCUUUGAAAAACAAGCUCCUUUUACAGACUGUAAGCAACAGUAGUGCCUGUGGUUUAGCCCACCAAUCUUGACAACUAAAAGUAGCUGAUGCAUUGUGCAUAUGACGCUUGAGAUGGUUUUUGCAAAAGCAGAAAUCACAACAAGGUGAUUACAGUAGAUAAAAGUGGUAUUUUAAACCUUUGAGAUAAAUGGAUGUGACUGUACCUUGGUACAGCUUUUCACUUGUUUAGUUUUUAAACGUUAGUAUAAUCUGAAGAAAUUUAAUAUAAAACGUUGCCAAAUUCAAUGUAGAAAGAAUGUGACGAAACACCUUGGGUAGUCCUGUUUGUGUUUUUGCAUAUUGUAAAAGCAGUGUCACAGCUAAAAAUAAAGAAAUCGUUUCUAAGGUAAAUUAUUGGUGUUUAGUUGCUAGUUUGUACUGAGAGUUGACCUCUCCCUGUGCCGUUUUUUGUUCUAAACUUGUAUAAAUAACAAUUGUGUAAUGUGUUUUCCUUCUACCUUGUAACAAUUGCUUCAGUCUACACUAUAAAUAAAGAACCACUAGAAAGA